UUUCGGUGAACGUGGUAAAGCAAAUUUUGUACGCAACAAAGGAUUUAUCAAAAUGAAGUCUUUCGGCUGUUUGGAUUUUAUCAUUUGCUCGACUGUGGUUGUUGUAGCUUUAGCUGGAUUUUCUGAAGCUGAGUUGGAGCAAAAAAAUCGUCGUACGGCCGGCGGACCUUCCGGGCUCAUAGCAUUCCCGCGCGUCGGCCGCAGCGAUCCCAGCCUGGUCAAUAAUUUGCAUGAGGCUGACAUUUCAGCGUUCAGCGACAACAUGUACCCGGCAUCUGUGGAAGACUACGAAGUUGAAUAUCCAAAAAGCGAAAUAAAACGCGCCAGUUUGAUUGCUUUCCCACGUGUGGGACGCAACGACGCGCAAUUACGCAAAUGGGCGCGCAUUAUGGCGCUACAACAGGCGCUGAACAAGGGCACCGGCCCCAGCGCUACCUCUGGGCUUUGGUUCGGCCCGCGCUUGGGUAAGCGCAGCGUUGACGCACAACAACACCAACAGCCUAAGUCAACUAGCAGCGGCCAAAAGGAGCUCUAUUAAGCAGCAACGCAUAAAGCCGUGCAAGUUAAAGCAAAUAACAACAACAAAAAUAUACCAACGACGUUGACGAAACUGCGCACAAACGUUUAGGACGACGACUAUGGAUCUAACGAAACCCAAUUACCAGUUACCCAAUUGUAAAGUUAGCGAAUAUUGAAUGGAAGUGAGCAUAAGUUUUAUGCAAAAAUAAACAAACACAACUUUUUUUUUAGAAAUGUAAUUUAUAAGAAAAAUGCGUAAAAAAUGUACCUAAGUAAAAAAUAAAAAUAAUAAUUAAGGCGAAAAAAGAUUUUUCGUGGACACAAAGCAGGCAGAACGCAUGGCAGCACGUUCGGAGGCUACGAUAAAAAAAAAAUUUUUAAAUAAUUUAUAAAGAGAUCAAUUUUUAAAUUUAUUGGCUUUGUAAAAUAUGCGCUCCCAAUUUAUGCCUCAUUUUAUAUAUUUGUUGUAAAAAUAGAAAAAAAUGUAUUUAAUAAAAUUUGACGAAGAAAACAACUUAUGUAUGUAACCAAAAGUGCAUAAAAAACAUUUAGUAAAUAAAAAUAAAUAAAAAUAAAAAUAAAAAAUUUAAAUUGCUUUCAUUGCAAAAGUGUUGUUUUUUUAAUAUCUUCUUCAACUGGGCUGGUGAGGACUUUCAUUGGAAUGCAGCGGCGGAAACACCGGCGGCAACAAUAAAACCAAACUCAGAUAUGUGUAUGUGUGUGUACUUAUCUCUCCACUUCAUUGCUAAGCGCACACUCCACUACACACACAAACACCCACACGAACAAGCGCACGCAAGCACCGAAAUGCAUUGCAAUGAAAGUCCUUUUGAAAUUGAAAUAAAACGCAACACAUUUGCAAUGGCACGGCAACAACACGUCACAGUGACUGCAUCGACAACUGCGACUUCGUCAAGGAAUUUAAAAUCAAAAAGUUGCAAUGGCACAAAAAUUUAAACAAAAAAGUACGAGCAAACGAAGCGUUUCAAAAACCCAAAAAAAACCAAAAAAAAAAAAAAAAAUAUAACAAAAAAACCCAAAUUCAAUGAGGAAAGCCAAAAACUAUGACAAAAAUGCCUAAUAAGAAUUAUACAAAACUGUCUUGAAAUACACGAAGGCGUACGCGACCACAAAAUUUAUUAAAAAUGAUUAUUUACUUACAUAUGUAUGUACACAUACAACAAAGCGAAAUGAUAACAAAAAAAAAAACAAUAUAGCGAAAUUAUAUUAAUAUUUUUAAAUCAGUAUUAUUGUAAUUGUUAUUUUUUGACAAACUAAA